AUGUGGAUAUUUCUUCAGGAAUUAAGUGAAAAACUAAUUUUCAAAAGACUUGUUAUUCGCAAGUUACAUUUAGACUUUGAGAUAAGCGCUCAUGAAUUAUAUAGAGAGGUAUUCCCAAGUGUGGAAAUUCAAGCAUGUCGAUUUCAUUUAGGACAGUGUUGGUGGCGAAAAAUAAAUUCUGAGCAGCAACUCCGAACAUCAUAUACGAACAACGUCGAGUUAGGAAAAUGGUUAAAACUAUUUUUCGGGUUGCCAUUCAACCCAACACAUGACAUCGAAAAUCCAUUCGUUGAACUUGUAUCUAUAUGUCCAAAUAUAGAUAUAGGAUGCUUAUUUUCUGAUUAUAUAUUGCAUACUUACGUAGAAAAUGACUGUUUAUUUCCACCAGAAAUUUGGGCUCAAGAGCCGUCAGAAAAUCCUCGUACAACAAAUGGAUCUGAGAGUUUCCAUAGAACAUAUAAUGCACAGUUUCAUAGUCCACACCCUUCUAUUCAUUUGGUUAUAUCAGUUCUGAAGGAAACACAACAAGAGACUUGCACAAAAAUAAAAUCAGCAUCCAAAGGACGUUUCAGUGAAAUGGCCUUAGCCGACAAACAACGUUUAUACCACACAAUUAACGAAUAUAAAGAAUAUUUAAUUCACAAAAAUAUAAUUAAAUAUUUGUCAAAUAUUUGUAACAAAUACCAAGGUAUCAAAUUAUAA